AUGGCUUCCAUGACCUCCUCCCUCGUCGGCCAGCGCCUUGUGGUCAAGGCCAACAAGGCCGUCAGGGCCCGCAACGUCCAGGUCAAGGCCAUGGCGUCCAAGCCUAAGGUGAUCACCAAGGCGGCCGAUUUGAGACUCAUCGGCAAGGCGGUGACCGCGGCCGAGGAGCUCGGCCUUCUCGGCAUCGCCGACGGCAUCUCCCUCGCGUCCAUCGAGAAGGCGGGUCUCCUCUCCACCGCCGAGAAGGUCAUCUACGAUCGCGGCUCCCCCGGCACCAUCUCCACCCUCGGCUUCCUCCUCGCCGUCGCUGGCGCGGGCGCGGUGUACGCCAUCCCCGACGAGACGACCACAGAGGUGGUCCUUCAGGCGGUGCUCGCGUCCGCGUGCGCCGUCGGGUUCGGCGUCUCCCUCACCGCGAGCUCCCUGCUCCGCAAGCUCCAGAACUGA